AUGGCAAUCCCUUUAAAGAAGGAGACUUAUGGCAAUAUGCUAGUUGAGGCCCAGUUGGCAGCCAUCGAUUACACCCAUCAAUCAUUGCAAUCUGACACAAAACUGUUGCUGGUCAAACAUGAAAACGUGAUUAAAAGUGUCAGCAUUGUUGUUAUAAAUGGAUUUUCGUUGAUCCUUAGUGAGACAAUUGUAUUUGUAUUCCCAAUACAGCGGUGUAUGGUACAAAUGCUUCUACUUGCUGGGCCUGGUGUUCUCAUUUCAACCUUUUUUCUUGGGUCUGCUUUAAAGCUCACUUUUCCAUAUGACUGGAGCUGGACAACAUCAUUGUUGCUUGGUGGACUCCUUAGUGCAACUGAUCCUGUGGCUGUUGUGGCCCUUCUGAAAGAGCUUGGUGCAAGCAAGAAAUUAAGUACAAUAAUUGAAGGAGAAUCCUUGAUGAAUGACGGGACGGCGAUUGUGGUCUAUCAGCUAUUUUAUCGAAUGGUCCUUGGCUCGAGCUUUAACUGGGGGACCGUAAUCAAGUUUUUAGCACAAAAUUCUCUUGGGGCCUUAGGGCUAGGCCUUGCUUUUGGAAUAGCAUCCGUUUUGUGGCUUGGAUUUAUAUUCAAUGAUACUGUGAUAGAGAUUACACUUACACUUGCUGUGAGCUACAUUGCUUACUUCACU